AUGGCAACAUCCAGUCUGUGUUCACUGGCAGGCUCUGUGGCGAGAGGCCUGGCGCACCUGCACAGUGACACAACACCCUGCGGCACACCAAAAGUACCCAUUGUCCACAGAGAUCUGAAGGGGAGCAACAUUGUAUUGAAGAACCACAGCGAGUGUGCACUCUGUGAUUUCGGACUGGCUCUACGACUCGACCUCUCGCUCACUGUAGAUGACUUUGCCAACAGUGGACAGGUAGGGACAGCACGCUACAUGGCCCCUGAAGUUCUGGAGUCCAGGGUAAAUCUAGAGGACUUAGAGUCCUUUAAACAGAUUGAUAUCUACUCCAUGGCCCUGGUGCUGUGGGAAAUGGUCUCUAGGUGUGACGUCAUAGGAGAGGUAAAGAGUUAUGAACCCCCAUUUAGCUCAAAGGUGUGUGAACAACCUUGUAUAGACAGCAUGAGAGAUCUGGUGUUAAGAGACAGAGGACGACCAGAUAUUCCAGCGAGCUGGACAGCACAUCCAGUGGGUACAAUUACAGUCAUAAACCACAAAAACAGGGGUAUUGUGUGGCUCGCUGGCAGCAGGAAGGACUAUGAGGGUGGCUGCCACCUGCACUGCAGAGCUCUGUAA